CGUUUUUUGUUAUAAACAGAGUCUGCUUGGGGUCACUUGACUACGGGAAAACAAUAUACAUAUCUAUAAUAAAUAACAACAAACUGGGAAACAACACUAAAACUAAUCCUUACAAAACCAUUCAGUUGGGUAGUAGCGCUUUUUCGAGUUUAUUCCAUUUGCCAUUCGGUGUGACAGACAGCGACCAUGUCUUUGGUAUACAUAACCCAUCACGAUGAAAGUAUUUUCGAUGUAGAAAGGGAAUAUGCGGCUCAAACUGCAACUAAACAGGGUGGCAAAUUUGGGAACGCUUCCAAGAAGGCCACACGUUUCGCUCAGAAUUUGAGGGAUCGUUUGAAUGCGGAGUAUAAGAAGCAAUCGGUUGUAAUGCAAAAUGACGGAGUACGUCUGCUAACUGAUGCCAAGAAGGCCUUUCAUCGGACAAUGGGCUGUGCCCACAUCCCCUUGGAUCCGCCUUGUGCGUUUUUGCGUAAGAAUCAGGGUGUGAAAUGGCGGCGCGAGAACACUCAUAUGUGUCCCAAGGGGCCAGGCGUGCCCUCGUUGCCGCGUCCGGCCAAAGACGAUGGUAAAUGCAAAGUGCCACCAAAUUUCAUACGCCGUAAUAUACAGUGCGCUCAACGUACAGUGGCUUGUCCACCACCGCCACGUUAUGUGGACACUCCGACGGGUACGAGACACAAUCUAGUCAAUUCGGGAUUACUGCCGCAGUUCAUAUGUCGCAAAGAUUUCGGUAAAGUGCCCAUUUACAUAAGCAAAACAAAGAAAAUGUUAACCCAAAUGCGUGCCAUAUGUGACAAGGAGGAGGCCCGAAUUCAGGAGCUAUGCGGUGGCCACAAAAGAGGUCAACAGGGGCGUGCCUCUGGGGCAGCUGGUUCAGCAGCUGCCUUGUUUGGUGGACCACCUGAAAUGCCUGGCAUGCGGAUUAUGGAACAUGCGGAGCGCAAUGAAAUACUCGAGGGAUUGCGUCAACAUCUGAGUGAAAAUACCAAGCAAUAUCAGUCUAUGCCACUGCUGAUUGAUAGUGUAGCCAAGCGUCAGCGUAAGGGUAAACUGGAGUCCGAUUUGCGUCAAGUUGAGCAGGAUAUAUUGCUAAUUGAGACCAGUCCCAUAAUAUAUGUUUCACAGUUUUAAAUGCACGACCCCCUCCCUCCCUUCUUCAUUUGGAAGUGCAACAGCUUAAUAUUUUAGUUUGCGAAUAAAAUUUAAUGUUUAUCAUGAA